AUGUAUAGCGAUACUGAAUGUACGCGUCGUACAGGAAAUUCAAUACGUAGUUGUCAUUCAACAUCAUUAUCAAAUCGUUAUAUACAUGGUUAUGGUAGUAACCAAGAUUUAUCAAAACGUCCACAAUUUCUGUCAUCACCAACAAUAUCAGAAAUUAUUUAUAAUGGUGAAACAUUUCCACUUCUAGCUGAAUUUUUACAAAUUCAUGGACGUGAAUCAUUAGUUGGAUUUUGUGCUAUUGUUAUUGGUAUAUCAAAUUUAACAUUAGAUAAACGACAAGCAUUAUAUGCUGUACGUGCUGCUUAUAAACAAUAUAUUAAUGAUGAAACAAUAUCAAAUAGUUGGUUACAAUCAACAACAAAAGAUUUAAUUCGACAACAAAUAUCACAACGUAUAUUUGAUCCAUAUAAAAUAUUUCAACCAGCUAUGAAAGAUAUGUUACAAUAUUUAAAACAAAAUUUCUAUUCAAAUUUUCUUUCAUCACAAAUAUGGAAAAAUUAUUUAAGUAAAAAACAACAAGAUAAACGUAUUAAAGGAAGAAAUGCUUCAACACCAAAAAAAAUUAAUACAUCAAUAAGUACAUCAACUGUUAAAUCAUCAAAACAACCAAUAUGGAAAAGAGAUAUAUUAAUAAAUUUUAAUGGAAAUAAAACACUCGGUUCAACAAGUUCAACAACGACAACAAUUAAAACACCAUUAGCAUGUUUUAUACAAAAUAAAGAUGUACCAUAUAUGAUUCAUUUGAAUAUGCCUGUUGAGCGUAUUACAUUAGGUGAUAUUAAACCUCGUAUACAUCAUUUAGCUGGAAGAAAAUUUGAUAAUCAAACAACAGAAUGUCAUUAUUAUUUUAAACGUCGUACUGAUCCAUCUGAAAUAUGUUUAAUGAAUGAUGGUAUGACAUCAAAAUCUACAUAUGUGUAUGAAGAAAUUGAUAAUGACGAUAUUCAUACACCUGUACCACAUCUUAAUGGUACAAUUGUGUAUAAUGGAUUGAAAAAAAGAGAUCAAUUUUCUGUACACAUGGAAUUUUUGUCUAGUAUUAUUAUUAUUUUUAUAUUUAUUCCAUCGUAUUUAUGUCUAAAUAAUUUAACUUAUGUAUUUUCACAUACAGCGACAAGUGAUAUAAAUGUAUUAGUAAGUUCGAAUGGUUUAAUAUUAACAAAUACAGCAUAUGUAAAACGUUUAUCAUCAUCGACUGUUGAUUUACUUCAAUCAACAGAAAAACUUUUAAAUGCUACUGAUGUUCAAUCAAUUGUUUUUGGAUGGAAUACAGGUGAUUGUUCAUAUCCAUCAGCAAUAGCUCUGAAGUAUCCAACAAAAUAUAUAAGUAGUCCAAUAUGUUUUACUCAUGUUUCUUCAUUAAACAAUAUUUUACGAUUGACAGUUACAAGUGAAGAAUUAGGACAAGCAGCUGUAUCAUUUAUGAAUUAUUAUUCUUUACAUUAUUUUUCAAUGAUAUUAAGUGAUUCGAAUGAAUUUUAUUUGAAUUUAGCACAAAAAUUUUCGAGUUAUUUAUCUCAAAAAUCUUAUAUUUUUGAAAAAUUAAUAUCUGUAUCAAAUUUUUCAUCAUCAUCAUCAUUAAUUUAUUCACUAAGAAGUAGAGUCUUUUUUAUAAUAUGUUCAUAUGAUGAAGAAACCUCACUCUAUCCAAUUAUUUCAUCUUCUUAUCAAUCAGUAUCGUCAACAAUGAGAAAUGUUAUUUUUAUAUUUAUUCGUUGGUCACAUCAUUUUGUUAGUUUUUAUACUACACAAUUUUUACCUAAUGUAACAUUAUAUGGACCAUCAUAUAUUCCUAUUCUUCAUCUAUUACCAAUGGACAGUAGUAUGACAAAUAAUUUAGAUGAUAUGAUUUCAACGUAUGAACAAGACAUAUUUAAUCCUACAUCAAAUAUGACAUUUUCUGAUGAUAUUAUUUUUAUUUUGAGUGAACUUGAAAGUGUUGAUUUAUUACGACAAAUAUCAAUAAUAGAUUUUCCAUUAACAAAUCGAUCAACUAUGUUUGGUCAAAUUACAUUUGAUAGUAAUCAACAACGUUCAUUUAUUUAUUCAUUAAUUGGUCGACAAUGUAAUGGUAGUUGGGCUAUUUUAAAAUCUAUUGAUUCAGUAUUAAUAAAUGUUAAUACUAAUUUAAAUGUAUGUAUUAGUUAUUCAUUUGUUGAUACAAUAACAACGAUAACACCAGAAGAUAGCGGUUGGCGCAUUCUUCGUAUUGCACUUUUUACAUUAUUGGGUGUAGCUCUUGCAUGUGCUGCUGGACUUAUUGCUUUCUUUAUCGUCCGAAAUCAACGUAAUCGUAAACAAUUUUCUAAAGGUCCAAAUAAAAUUAUAUUAUUACCCGAUGAUUUAAUGUUUGUUAUGCCAAAAGGUUCAAUAUUUACAAGCAAAGUUAAUUUAAAAAAUGAGCCACAUGAACGUAGUAAUGUAUCUAUACGUAGUGAAGAAAUUCAAGCAGGAAAAACAGCUCGUUAUAAUGGUGAUUUAGUUGAAGUCAAAAAAUUACACAUUGGUCCAUUAUCACUUCGUACAAAAGUUAUGCGUGAAUUACGACAAUUAAAAGAUUUACGUCAUGAAAAUGUUAAUACAUUUCUUGGACUUUUUAUUGAUCAAAAUGCACCAGCAUUAAUAUUUGAAUAUGGUCAUCGUGGUAGUCUUGAAGAUAUUCUCAAGAAAGAAGAAAUAAAACUUGAUUGGAAUUUUAAAUGGUCAAUGCUUAAUGAUCUUGUUCGAGGUAUGAGAUAUUUGACAAAUUCACCUAUACGUUGUCAUGGAAAUUUAAAAUCAAGAAAUUGUAUUGUUGAUUCACGUUGGGUAUUAAAAGUAACAGAUUAUCAUUUAAAUGAAAUGUAUACUUUACAAAAUGCUCCAAGACAAGUUGAAAUAGUUGAUCUUUUAUGGAUGUCACCUGAACAUAUUCGUACAGCAAUCAUUAAAAAUGAUGUUGCUACAGUAAUGACAAGUUCAGCAGCUGGUGAUGUUUAUAGUUUUGGUAUUAUUAUGCAAGAAGUUAUUCUUCGUGGACCACCAUUUUGUAUGCUUGAUCUUACCCCACAAGAAAUUAUUGCUAAAAUAAAAAAACCACCACCACUAUUACGACCAUCUGUAUCGAAACAAACCGCACCACCUGAAUAUAUUAAUUCAAUGAAACAAUGUUGGGCUGAACAAGCCGAAACACGACCAUCAUUUAAUGACCUUGCUCAAUCAAUUAAAUCACUUAAUGGUGGAAAAAAAGUAAAUAUUGUUGAUACAAUGUUUAAAAUGCUUGAACAAUAUUCAAAUAAUUUGGAAGAUUUAAUUAAAGAACGAACAACACAACUUGAAGAAGAAAAGAAAAAAACAGAUAAAUUAUUAUCACAAAUGUUACCACCGAGUGUUGCUGAGAGUCUUAAAUCGGGUAAAGCUGUUGAAGCUGUAUGGUAUGAAUGUGUAACAAUUUAUUUUUCUGAUAUUGUGGGAUUUACAACAAUAUCAGCAUUGAGUAGUCCAAUGGAAGUUAUUGAUUUACUCAAUGAUUUAUAUACAAUGUUUGAUUCAAUUCUAGAAGAUUUUGAUUGUUAUAAGGUUGAAACUAUUGGUGAUGCAUAUAUGGUUGUUAGUGGUCUACCAAUUGAAAAUGGUAAGAAACAUGCUUCAGAAAUAGCUAUCAUGGCAUUAACAUUAUUACAUGCUUGUGGUAAAUUUAAAAUUCGUCAUAUGCCUGGUGUACCAUUACAAUUACGUAUUGGAUUACAUUCGGGUGCAUGUGUUGCUGGUGUUGUUGGUCUUAAAAUGCCUCGAUAUUGUCUGUUUGGUGAUACAGUUAAUACAGCUUCUCGAAUGGAAUCAACUGGCAUGGCUUAUCGUAUUCAUUCAAGUGAAACAACUGCUGGAUUAUUAGAAGAAAUUGGUGGUUUUCAGUUAGAAUAUCGUGGAGUUACAGAAAUUAAAGGUCGAGGUAAUUAUAAAACUUAUUGGCUUACAGGAAAAGAUGGUUUUGAUAAAGAAUUACCACCACCGGUUAUAUCUGAAAAUAAUCAUGGUCUUGACAAAGAAUUAGUUAAAUUAGCUGAAAAAAAUGCACGUGAACGGGAAAAACGUGAACGGGAAAAACGUGAACGAGAACCUCAAGAAAAACAAGCACCACCACCACCAAAAACAACAACAACAACAACAACAACAUUACCAGUCAAUAAUCAUAUACAAGUUCAACCAACUAUUGAAACUAUUGCUUCAGAUCAAAAACCAAAAAAAACUAGAAAUUCUUAUGUUACAAUGACUAAUAAUAUUAAUCAUGAUAUGAAUAAAAUAGAAGAUUUAUUAAGAUUUACACCACCACCUGAUGCACCAUCAUCAUUAACAUCAAAUUCAACAAAUAAACAUCCAUCACCUAAUGAACUUCCAGCUAAAUUACAACAAAUGGAUGGACCUAGUGGACCUGUAAGAAAGUCAACGAAAGCAAAAUGGUAA